UUGGCCCGUUUUAGAAGUCUCCAUGCAUCCAAUUAAACAUUCACACACACGCACACAAACUCUGAUCAUUAUGAAUGUGUUUUCUCUAUAUAUAAACGCAGGAAUCAUCACUUCAGACUCUUAGACAACAAGAAACUAUGGGAAACUCACUUGCAUGUUUCUCUCCAACACCAACAGCCAAACCAUCAUCAUCAUCAUCACCUAAGGACCUUCUUCCUCCAUGGCUUUCCCCCUUAGCCACCAGCAGAAAAUCCAGAAGACAGGCCUCUUCCAAGUCGAAAACAGAGGUCGUUUUCGAUGAUUCCUACAUCAAACAACAGGCCCAGAUUGCCACCAUGCUUUAUCACCACCACUUGCAGAACAAUGGUGGCGAUCUUCUUCUUCAUUUGGAGCGCUCGAUAUCGACCAAGAGCCCUCCAUCUUCUUCCAAGAAGCAGAAGAGUUUGAUCAGACGAUCGCGCUCUCUCUCAUCUUCUAGUCCUCUGUCUACUUCUUUGCAGCUCCUUAAUCAGGAUGCAGCAGAAAGUGGUGGUGUAGCAGAGAGCAAGCAUUUUGUGCUGGUUCAUGGGGGAGGUUUUGGAGCAUGGUGUUGGUACAAAAUCAUAGCACUCCUUAAAGAAGGACAAUGUGAAGUUGAUGCCAUAGACCUCACUGGUUCUGGAGCUAACUUCUGUGACAUAAACUCCAUCACAACUCUACCUCAAUACGCCAAACCCCUCACUGAUUUCCUAGCAAAUCUUGCUGAUAACAAACAGGUGAUUCUGGUAGGACAUGAUCUUGGUGGAGCUUGUGUUUCCUACGCAAUGGAGCUGUAUCCAACAAAAGUUUCUAAGGCCAUUUUUGUUGCUGCAACUAUGAUGAAUAAUGGCCAGAGUGCUCUUGAUGUCUUCUCUCAACAGUCAUGCCUAAGCGACAUAAACCGACGUGCUCAGAAGUUCCUGUAUGCAAAUGGGAAGAAUCGUCAGCCAACUGCUAUACAAUUUGACGAAUCACUAUUGGAAGACUUCUUGUUUAAUCGAACCCCUUCAAAGGACAUUGCAUUGGCAUCGGUGUCCAUGAGGGCAGUACCGUUUGCACCUGUGACAGAGAAGCUCUCCCUUUCUGCAUCAAACUAUGGCUCCAUCUCAAGGUUUUACAUAAAAACAGACGACGAUCUUGCCAUUCCUCAACCCCUUCAGGAGGCCAUGAUACAGUCAAGUUUCCCUAAGCAAGUCUUUGAGCUCAAAGGUUCCGAUCAUUCGCCUUUCUUCUCGAGGCCUCAAGCACUGCAUAGGCUUCUUGUAGAGAUAUCAAAUCUCCCACAUGAGUAAAAUGUGAAAAUGGGGUCAUUAGAUGUGAUCAAAUUUGAUUCAAACAUUGACACAAGGCCAAUUGUAAUGUUGAUACAACUUAUAAAGGAAAUUAAUGUAAUUUCAAAACUCUGAGGGGUCAAAGUGUAAUUGCCCAAAGUAGAGGGGUGGGCGGAGAAAUUAUCUCAUGUGGAAUCUUUAUAGAAGAAAUUAAUUUAAUUUCAGAAUUUAGAGGGGGUGAAGGGUAAAUCACCCAAAGUAGAGGGGGUGGUGGUGUAAUUAUUUCAUGUGAGAUCUUAUCUUGUGACUUGUCAGUGAAAAUAAAUAUAAUAAGUACAAUUAAAUUUUAAUA